AACGACCUUAUCUGGGUCCCCACACUCCCCUGGGCUGGCUGAUACCUCCAAUCUCCCUGAAGACAGCUGGUCACGGUGCAGGGAGGCUGAGUGGCAUCACUGCUCUGUGACCCAGUCUUCCUCCUGUCCCCGAAAGAAGAACAACCUCUUUCAACUGUGGAUGGUUAAGAUACCAGCACUAGCCUUCUACUGUGAGUGUCUCUGGAGGGACUGGAAGGAACGGUGAACCCCAGGUCAUGGGCACCGAUGGGAAGAGUAGCUGAGGUCAUCUCUGGAAUGCUGUGACCCUUCUUCGUCCCCUUCCUCCUCCUCCUCCUCUGCUAUUUCUCCAUCUCUGCUGUUCGAGGGUGUGUGUCUGUUCCUUUGGGAGGAGAACAGCAGAACUUUGUCUACCAGAGAUGCAACCCUUUCCCCUCAGCCGAGCAGACCAGGUGACCUUGAAGAGGCCACAGGCACAGCAGCACCAUGGCCUCGGCCGCCUCUGUGAUUAGCCUGGCAGACGAGGUCAACUGCCCCAUCUGCCAAGGCACCCUGAGGGAGCCGAUCACCAUCGACUGUGGCCACAACUUCUGCCGCAGCUGCCUCACCCGCUACCUCGAGAUCCCUGUUCCAGACUCUGAGGAGCCCCCCACCUGCCCCCUCUGCAAGGAGCCUUUCCGCCCAGGGAGCUUCCGGCCCAACUGGCAGCUGGCCAGUGUGGUAGAGAACAUCGAGCGCCUCAAGCUGGUGUCCUUGCCAGGCUCAGGCGAGGAGGAUGUCUGCCGGGAACAUGGGGAGAAAGUCUACUUCUUCUGUGAGGAUGAUGAGAUGCAGCUCUGUGUGGUGUGCCGGGAGGCCCAGGAGCACCGAGCCCACACCGUGCGCUUCCUGGAGGAUGCAGCGAGUCCCUACAGGAAACAAAUACAGAAGUGUCUUGAGUGUCUAAGAAAAGAGAGAGAGGAGAUUCAGGGAAUCCAGUCAAGAGAAAAUGAAAGGAUACAAGUCCUCCUGACUCAGGUGGCCACCAAGAGACAAAAAGUGAUUUCCGAGUUUGAGCAUCUGAGCCAGUUCCUGGAGGAACAGCAGAACAUUCUCUUGGCCCAGCUGGAGAGGCUGGAUGAGGACAUCUUGAAGCAACGGGAUGAGUUUGAUGUCCUGAUCACUGAGGAGAUCUGCCGAUUUAGCGCCCUGAUCGCAGAACUAGAGGAGAAGAAAGAGAGGCCGGCAAGGGAGCUCCUGACGGAUAUCAGAAGCACUCUAAUAAGAUCUGAAACCAGAAAGUGCCGGAAACCAGAGGCUGUGUCCCCUGAACUGGGCCAGAGGAUUCGGGACUUCCCCCAGCAGGCCCUUCCACUGCAGAGGGAGAUGAAGACGUUCCUAGAAACACUCUGCUUUGAGUUGGACUAUGAGCCAGCUCACAUCUCUCUAGACCCCCAGACUUCCCACCCCAAGCUCCUCUUAUCUGAGGACCACAAGCAGGCUCGGUUUUCCUACAAAUGGCAGAACUCACCAGACAACCCCCAGCGUUUUGACCGGGCCACCUGUGUCCUGGCCAGCAGUGGCUUUACAGGAGGGAGACACACCUGGGUGGUGAAUGUAGACUUGGUCCACGGGGGCAGCUGCACCGUGGGUGUCGUCAGCGAGGACAUGCAGCGGAAGGGCGAGCUUCGGCUGCGGCCGGAGGAGGGGGUGUGGGCCCUGAGACUGGCUUGGGGCUUUGUCUCAGCCCUGGGAUCCUUCCCUACACGGCUGGCCCUGGAGGAGCAGCCCCAGAAGGUGCGGGUGUCUAUCGACUAUGAGGUGGGCUGGGUAACUUUUGCCAAUGCUGUCACUCACACGCCCAUCUAUACUUUCACUGCCUCCUUCACCCAGAAGGUCUUCCCCUUCUUUGGGCUCUGGGGCCGAGGGUCUAGUUUCUCUCUGAGCUCCUGAGAGGGUGCAAUUACCCUCCUCUAAGUAGAAGUCUCAAAGAGAGGACCUUAUGGACUUGACCCCUGGCUGCAUCACCUGGAAGACUUGGCACAGAAAUUGCUGCUUUAGAUGACAUAAUGAGUCAGAACUUUGGCAAGGGACAAGAUGAGAUGACCUUCAAUCUGCUGACGAAGCCCUUUCCUCCAUGCCCAGUGGAUGCUCAGCGUAUCUGGGGACUCAGACCACUGCCAGACCUCCUCAUCACCAUCCCCACUAGGCACAGAAGUAGCUGUGCAGAGGAGGGAAUACCGGAUUUGGAGCCAGAAGACCUGGAUUCUAAACCCAGCCCUGUAACCAACCAAUUGUGUGAUCUUAAGCAAGGCAUCUCAUCUCUCUUCAUCUUGUUUUCUUCCAAAAAUAUUAGGGUUAAUUUACUCACAUCCUCAAGAAACAUUUAUUGUGUGUUAAUUAUAAACCAAGCAGUAUGGUAGCCACUGGUGAUAUGAAAAUAAAAAUUUUUAAAAAUUGUCCCAUAUCUGAAGGAGCUCAUGGGAAGAGACAGAGACAUAAAGAGGAAAUCACAGUACCAUGUGAUGGGUGCUGUGAUAGAGAUCUGACCUUGGGGUUAGGGAAGCCAGAGGAGGGAGUAUAACCCUUCUUGGAUGUCAGUGGGUGAGUCAGGCUGGCUUUCUGCAAAGAGUGAGUCUAAAAGAUGAAUAUCGUGAAUGAGGAAAGGAGGGGAAGAAGAAUCUCAGGGAAGAGGGAUGGCAGAGAACUGGCUGGAUGAUCCAUGACUCAAGAGACACUGGGUCAUCUCCACUAUCCUCAUGAGCAGAUGGGGCCACCCCCACCCCUGACAGCAGUCAAUGCUUCCCUCCUCCUGGUAGUGUCCUUCUGGCCAAGAUGAAGAUGGGAAUUGGUGGGAGGGGACCAGGGAGGCAUGGCCAUAAACCACAACCCAAGGACCACACUCAACUUCUGGGGAAAAUCCUCUUCCUGAUCUGUUGAUCGCCAUCAGUCAAAUAAUGAGAUGAAAAGAAUUAGAUGGUGGAAAGGAAUGAGUCUCAAAUAGCUCAGCUGUGUGAGCCGGAACAGCACCGUCUUAACCCUUGUAUGAGGCAAAAGGAUCCCAGGUGGAGGCAGGGGGAUAAACUGGAUGACCCGUGACCUUUAGCCCAAAGAGUUGAGACUGCUCUAGGGCUGGACAAGAAGUGACAUCUGAGAGAUGAGGUGGAAAAAGAGAGACAGUUAGGGAUUUGGAGAAGAUGUGUGGAUUUGGGGUGGAGAGCUCUAGGAGAGACAGGAAGCCAGGUGGUAUUGGGGGAGGCUGUGACCACGUGGUGUGAAAAAGCUGAGUACUGAUGAUGCCAGAAAUCCCUGUGCCUGGUGCUGAUUCUGGGAGAGGUACAAGCACUAACACAUGACUGCCUAGAAUUUGGAAAAUGAUUAUCAGUCAUCCCCAGGGGGAGUUUUAAAUCCUAUGCACAAUAAAAGUAUCGUCUCAG